UCUCUUUUUCUUCUGGGUCCGCUCAUUUGAGAUUUUCGUAUCUCUCAGAUUGAUUGAUUGAUUGUUUGCUCUCGGAAUAAUAGCUGUGGAGAGCUUCGAUUCUUGGUUGUGUGAAUUGUAGCAGGAAUUUUGAUUUGGAUUGGAGGAGUAAUGGCGGGGAUGUGCUGUGGAGUUAAUAUCGGUGAGACGGAGGCGACGGCGCCGGUGGAGCCGAGUUCGAAAUCGGCGAGGAGGAGGAGGAUGGAAAUCCACCAGUUCAACUUUGUUCCGACCGAUUCGGCGGUGGCGCCGCCGCUUGAAGGAGGAGGUAAGGUGAAGAGGCAGAAGAUCGACGCUGUGGUGCCUGUUUUGCCGUCGAGAGAGUGCGCGAACGCUGUUGAGAAGUCCGAUCUUAUUGGAGAAGAGAAGGCGGUGAAGGAGGAGAAUCAGGUCGCCGGUGAGGCGGAGAAAGAAUCGGCGCCGUCGUUUGAUCUAUCAUCUCCGCCGCUAGAUUUGAUUAACGAAAGCUCUAUUGCUCAGGAUUGCCCCAAAUUCGGUAUGACUUCCGUCUGCGGCAGGAGACGAGAUAUGGAAGACGCUGUAGCUAUUCAUCCGGCGUUUUGCCGCCAUAAUCCGAAUUUUCGAAGCGGAUUGCAUUUCUUCGGCGUCUACGAUGGUCAUGGCUGCUCUCACGUUGCGAAGCGUUGCCGCGACAGGAUGCACGAAAUUGUGAGAGGCGAAUUCCAGAACGGAGACUCGUCGUCGUGGGAGCAAAUUAUGGUCGAGAGCUUCUCGAAGAUGGAUAAGGAAGUCGUCGAGUGCUCCGGCGGCCCUACCACCGCCUGCCGCUGCGAGCUCCAGACUCCGCAGUGCGACGCCGUCGGAUCCACCGCCGUAGUUGCUGUUGUAACUCCAGACAAAAUCGUCGUCUCCAAUUGCGGCGACUCUCGCGCCGUCCUCUGCCGGAACGGCGUCGCUAUUCCCCUCUCCGUCGAUCAUAAGCCUGACCGACCAGACGAACUCGAUCGGAUCCAGGACGCCGGCGGCCGUGUCAUAUUCUGGGACGGUCCUAGAGUUCUCGGAGUGCUAGCAAUGUCUAGAGCAAUCGGCGACAACUAUCUGAAACCCUACGUGAUCUCCGAGCCGGAGGUGACGGUGACGGAAAGGUCGCCGGACGACGAAUGUCUAAUACUCGCCAGCGACGGCCUAUGGGACGUGGUAUCAAACGAGACGGCGUGCGGCGUCGCGCGCAUGUGCCUCCAGUCGCGGAAACCGCCGUCUCCCCCUGGAUCGCCGGGAAAUGACAUCACCGUGACGGAGGCGGAGCAGAGCUCCGACAAGGCGUGUUCCGACGCGUCGAUUCUUCUGACGAAGCUCGCCUUGGCUCGCCACAGCACGGAUAACGUCAGCGUCGUCGUCGUCGAUCUCCGGCGAACUCCAUGAACGAUGGAUCGGAAAACAAAUUUCUUAAAUAUUAUUUAAUAUUAAUAUUAUAUAUACAUUUUAAAAAAAAAUGAAAAUUAUAUUAAAGGGAUAUAUAAUUUUCAACGGCCAGAUUUAGAUCUCGAUUAGUUCUUCUAAUUUUCAGAAGAAAAAAAAAAUGUAAAAUGAUGCGAGCUAAUUAAGCUCAUCAUCAUAAUCAUUAAAUGUCAAGUGGUAUUUUUAUUUAAUUAUUCUAUUUGGGAACUUUCAA